GCCUCAAAAAGUAGGAGCAAACCAGCAAUGGCCACGCAUACAAGCCGCUACACUCAACGAUGUUUGUUGAAUCAACAUUAACAGUUGUUUCCGUAUGUGUAUCAAACUUUUUCGGUACUUGACACGUUGUCUUCUUAUAUUCCGCAAAAAUGAGUAACAAUAGUUCACGGUUAUUAAUUUGUGCCGCCGGCAUAUUUAUUUGUUAUUUUUACUUUGCAAUGUUACAAGAAAAAAUAACUCGUGGUGUUUAUGGAGAAAAUGAAAAUAGAGAAAAGUUUACGUACAUGUUUGCAUUAGUAUUCUUUCAAUGUGUGGUCAAUUAUUUAUUUGCAAAGCUUCUUUUAUUGACAGUUAUGAAAGAAAAUGACGAUAGUACAAGAACGGUUUAUUAUGCUACCUCAGCACUUACAUAUUUGCUAGGCAUGGUUUCUAGUAAUAUGGCUUUGCAGUUUGUUAAUUAUCCUACACAGGUUGUAGGAAAAGCUGGGAAACCAAUUCCUGUGAUGCUUUUAGGAGUUUUACUUGGAAAAAAGAGUUAUCCAAUGAAGAAAUAUUUCUUCGUUACUAUGAUAGUCUUAGGAGUAAUUUUAUUUAUGUAUAAAGACGAUAAGAUGCCAACUAAACAGUCGGACAAUCAGACAGGACUUGGAGAGUUGUUAAUUCUACUGUCUUUAACAAUGGAUGGAUUAUUAAGUGCGGUACAAGAGAGGAUGCGAGCAGAGCACAAAACAACAUCAGGACAUAUGAUGUUGAAUCUAAACUUUUGGGCAAUUAUUUUUAGUGGAGUUGUUAUUACAAUGAGUGGAGAACUUUUAGGAUUCCUUAUGUUUCUCCAGAGAUAUCCCAGCACUUUGUGGCAUAUAAUAACAUUUUCAAUGGCUGGUGCUUUAGGACAAUUCUUCAUUUUCCGGACUGUAUCUGAAUUCGGUCCUCUUCCAUGUUCAAUCAUUACCACAACUAGAAAAUUUUUUACCGUCUUAGCAUCUGUUAUACUUUUUGGAAAUUCUUUAUUAGCAAGACAGUGGUUAGGAACGACGAUAGUAUUUUCAGGACUAUUUUUAGAUGCAGUUUAUGGUAAAACGAAGAAUAUAAAAAAAGAAAUUGAAAAAUAAUUUUUUAUUUUAAUUAAUUAUUUAUUUUGUAUCAUUUUUGUGUUUAUUUACAAUUUACAUACUGAAAUUUGUGCAAUAAAAAUAACAGUGUGUGCGAUUUUUUUUAAGGAGACAUUCACAGUGGAAUGUAAUUUUCCAAUCAUGAACUAAUUAAAUAAAAUUAUAAGAAAUGAUAUUAUAAUGUAUAUAAUGAGCACAAAAAUUAUUAUAAACUCAUACUUUGGUCGC